AGUCAUUGUAAUAUCAUAUCUUCCUAUCUUACCAUGUGUGCUGAAAACCGUUCUUCGAAGCCGUUUACUGCUCCAAUUUUGAAGUGGCAAUUGAUUAAUGAGGAAUCUGACGACGAACAUAGCUUUCAAGCAGGACUGAAUCAAAGAAAACAGAAUGAUGACGGAGAUACUCAUCCAAACGAACAUGAUUCUGAUAGCACGUUUUCAAGAGACGAGUUUUCCACUGAUGUUAUACCUGCAUCGUUUUCCAACCUGAAUGUCAACAAAGACCACAUUGAUAUUCCUCAAACUGCCCACAAACCCAAUAAAGAGUUUUUAGAAGAAGUAGAAAGUAUCAGCUCAGACCUUACAGAUUCUCUAAUAAUAAGUCCAAAACCAAAUUCUGCUAAUAAUUCUCAAGAAAAUGAAUUUCAGAAUAAGAAACCUGUAUCACAAGAGAGGUCUAGAUGUUCAGUGAAGAGAAAUCGAUCAAUUUCCCCAAUUUUUUUCCACAAACGAAAGAAAAUAGAUAAAUCACAAGAAUUUAGUUAUGACCAGCCAAUUAAGCAAAACUGUAACAUCUAUGCCAACAUUGAUGCACUUGUUAGAAAACUUAAACACACUGACAAGCUUUCACUGAAAGAUAGAAAACGUGCAACAUCUAAAAUGAGACGUGCUCUAACAGACAUUCGGAAUGAAACAGAAUCAAUGCUACAGGGCAUGACACCUGUGCCAAACAAAAUGCAUAUUAAAAUGCAACUAAUGAGAAGUCAGAAACUAUGUGAUCAUCUGAUUGCCUUGUAUGAAGACUUCCCUAGUAACUCUCAGAAAAUGCUUCUGGAAGAGGUGUGCCAGGUGCGAGAAACUAUUCAAUGUGAGCUGAAAGGUAUUCUAGAAUUGAUGAAUUAUAGUGAAAUAUCAGCCAAACGAUUGAUUCAUAAGGGAAACAAUACAGCAUCAUCUGAGUCAGACACCACUGGAACUUAUCCCAUGUCUUCUGAAUUAACCAAGCAACUACUUACAAAACAAAAGGGACAAGAGAGACAUCAUGGAGAAAAUGAAGAGUAUACACCUCCUGAAGACCAG